AGGGGCAUGCUGCACCACUGCCUUUCCCCUAGAGCACACUCAUUGUCUUAAUUUUACAAUUAGAGCUUUGUUUUGACACCUCAGCAGUUGUCAGCUGUUGUGUGUGUUUGUUAAAAAGAGUUCAGAACCACCUCCCUGUGGAUGCUGACACUUGAACAAACAAGUCCUUGUUACCACAUGACUGAUCUGAGCCUUUUUUUGGUAAAGGGUUUCUAGAAGAUGACUCGUGCUAUUGAAUGGUGACUUGUGUACGGCUUCCUGCGGUGGCAGAGCGUAACAGUCAGAAACCUGUUCGGUGCUGGGAUGAGGAGCCUGCCCAAACUGAAAAAGCUGUUGUGGUGAAGAAUUAUUUUUGUUUUGGUGUCUGCCAGGGAUGUGUUGGGGUAGUGUACUGUGCCCCAGGGCGCAUGGAAAGAUUAACUCCUGCCCACAACCAGAUGUCUAUCUUUGUUUUUUUCUGGGGCGUGAGAAAUAGAUAUGACUGUACUUGUGCUCUGAGGAGAUGCUUUUUAGGCAGAUUGGGUACAGAGUUGGUGUAUUGUACAGGUGCCUUUUAAAAAAGAACAAACCCAAACUUUUCCUCUAAGGGCAUCCACAGGUACUCGUGCUACUCUGCAGUAAGACAAGGCUGCAGUGUGGGUGUGUGAGCAGCCACAGAACUUCAGUAGCAACACCAUGUUCUGAGCUACUUGGCUGGAAUAAGCAUGUCCCUGCAGUGUGGGGAAGCCGGGGCUUUCACAGCCUCUGUUGGUGUCAAACACUGGUCUUGGUGAGGCACACUCAGUCACGUCUUCCUCCUUGUGGGUCCUUGAUCUUGAGGCUUGGCUGCCAGGUUUGUUUUCAGGUUAACUUCACAGCUGGAGCAUCUGUCACUGCCCAAGGGAUAGAUUUGUGUGUUCUGAGGAUGGGAAAGCUGGUAGGGAAUUUUUUCUAAGGGACUGACAGUCCUGGACCACUUGACCUGUCUUCUGGGGCUUGCUAAGGAAGGAGCCUCAGUUUAGAAAGCUUUCACGUAUCACGCUUAACCGCUUUUGAUUGCAUCAGAGUUGUACUUAACCAAAAGCUGAUAUUGCACUGUUGGAAUAAAAGAAGAGCAGUGACAAAGCCAGGCUUGGUGCACUGGACGGCUGGAAUCGGAUCCUUUCCCUGAAGGACUUUCAGAAGUGUUUUGAUACUUAAUAAUUUAAGGUAUGUGGAGGGAAUUAUUCAGAGGACAAACCAGAUCCAGCGCUGCGCAGGAUGGGCUCCGUCCGUAACUGAGCGUCGCUCAAGGCUUGGUAGCUAGGAAGAGCUUUGCGAAUUAAGUCCUGCUCCAACAGGUUUUGGAGGAGCCGAGGUGAACACCACCCCCUUUCCUGCCUCGUGCUCGGCUGCUCUGAACGCAGCUUUUCCCGCUGCUUUUGCCACAGCGUCUCCCUGAGCAGAACCAGGGGGGCCCUUCCUGUAGGAUUUUGUCUUCUGGCAGCUGUGACGGGGUCAGACACGGUGGGGAGCUGAGCCCCCGCCCCACGUACCCGGCAUCCUCGUGGAUAAGCUCUGGCACAGAGGCAAGUAACACUUUUCUUCCAAACUACUUGUUGAAUUUUGGUCAAAAUAGCUUAAUCCGGGAGGUUCUGCUUUUGCCCACAUCCCCCUGGCAGGACUCGAGGCUGUUUCAGUUCAGCGCAGUAGCUGCAAGUCCGGAAGAGGUUUGUGAAGUUAAUUUUUCACUGGCAGCCUGCGCGUGUUUCAGUGUUAGAGGAGGGUUUAGGAGGCCAGGCGAGGGUCAGGAGUGCCCUCUGCCAGGUGCUGCUCCGAGCCAGGCCGCUCGUUUUUGACGUAGAGCCGCUUUAACCAGGCGAGGUGGGAAAAAAACAUUUGAGAGGGAGGCUGAGCACCAGACAGACUGUUUUUAUCAGCAUCUGUGCUUCUCAGCUUCAGGAAGGCGUGAGUUACAGAGACCUAUCUACUCCAUUUUGAUGAGGAAAUUACAAAGAUUUUAAAAAUAAACAGUCCCAUCCCCUCCUCCCCCUGUUCCUAAACUUUGAAGAGCUUUUCCUGUCUGAGCUGUCCCUGAAGCGACUGCACUUGCCAGGAGUUGAGGCGUAAAUCGGCACUGGAGCUGGAUGGGAAUUGGGCUGAUUUAUUCAGAACUUGUCUGAGCAAGAGCAGGUAAAGGGGGUGUGUGUGUGUGUGUGUGUUGUGGAAUCUCAUUUCGAGCACAUUCUGUUCAAUAUGUUUUUAAGGCUGCUGUGAAAAGGCAGAACAAGCCAGCAAGGCUGCCUUUAUCUUGGUAAGGACAGCAGCUUCAAAAAUGUAAAUAUGGAAAUGCUUGCUCGCAAAGAUUACGCUGCUGGACCGCAGUUGCAUCAACAGUGUGAACUCACUCGAGCUGCGUUUUGUGCAAAGCUGCAUGGAAAAUCGGGAGCUGAAAAAAGAUGGUUGUUCCGCACGGCGGAGACCCAGAGAGUUCGGCUGCAUCAUGGCAACAGCCAUCACCGAAAGGCUCAGCCGCCUCUUCAUCAACGUGCGGCAGGUCCCUCCGCUGCUGGCCCCCAUCUCUCCCUCCACCGUCAGCAGUUCCGAGGUGCCGAAGGUCUUCUGGAAGCCCUACAUCCACACCGGCUACCGGCCCGUGCAGCAGACCUGGCGCUAUUACUUCUCCACCCUCUUCCAGCAGCACAACGAGGCCAUCAACGUCUGGACCCAUCUGGUGGCAGCGCUGAUCCUGCUGCUGCGCUUCCAGCAGCUCUCGCAGCGGGUGGAUUUUGGGCAGGACCUACACGCCCAACCCCUCCUCAUCAUCAUCGCGGCGUCCAUCACCUACCUGACGUUCAGCACCCUCGCUCACCUGCUGCAGGCUAAAUCUGAGUUCUGGCACUACAGCUUCUUCUUCAUGGACUACGUGGGGGUCGCCGUUUACCAGUACGGCAGCGCUCUGGGCCACUACUACUACGCCAUCGAGCCGAGCUGGCACGAGAAGAUCAAGGGGUUUUACAUGCCGGCGGCCGUCCUGUUGGCGUGGCUGUCCUGCGCUGGUUCCUGCUACGCCAAGUACCAGUACCACCAGUCUGCUUAUCUUCUGAGCCGGCUCUGCCAGGAGCUGCCCUCCGGCCUGGCGUACGUGCUGGACAUCAGCCCCGUGGUGCACCGCAUCUACACCGCGCCGCCCUCCGAGCGGGCUGACCCGGCCCUUCUGUACCAUAAAUGCCAGGUGCUGUUUUUCCUCAUCGGCGCCUUUUUUUUCUCACACCCUUACCCCGAGAAGUGGUUCCCUGGGAAAUGUUACUUUUUCGGGCAGAGCCACCAGAUUUUUCACGUCUGCCUGGUGCUCUGCACGCUGGCGCAGAUCGAGGCGGUGGUGUUGGACUACGAGUCCAGGCGACAGAUCUAUUCCACUCUUCAGGGUGAUUUGGCGCACAACUUCUCUGCCCUGUGCCUCUUCACUGUCACCUGCUCCGUCCUCACGGCUGUUUACAUGGCCCGGAAGGUGAAGAACAAACUGAGCUUCAAAGAAGAGUAAGUGCCUUGAAGGAGAAGCAGGCGAGCUCGCCCGAGGGGUUUAUCUGCAGCCGGCUGUGCUGAUGCUGCCGUGAACCUGGCCACAAACCUCAAGGAGAAGAAUGAAACGCUUUGCAGACUGUUAAUUUGGCAGUGCUCUCUGUAGGGAGGGGAAAGUAAGAGCUGCUUUCUGUGCUUUUUAAAUUCAGAAUUAGUUCCAGCUUGCUCUUGAAAUGGUACACUGGUUUAAUUCAUGUGUCUGAAUAAACGGUUGGAACACAAUGUCAUUAGUGCUGCAGCCCUGUACCCGAACACGGGCUGUGAAAGGUCGCUGGAAGCUACCGGGUCUUGCAGCAAAAGUCUCUCACAGCCAAGGUGAAAGUAUCCACUCGAGUUCUGGAAAGCAAGCACUCCACGCAGAUGGGAGCCUCCCAGCCACGCACCAAACAAACCACCAUCUCCACCUUCUUCAGCUCGCAGACAGAUGAAAAAGACAAAGAAAACUUCAGGCCAUCUCCUUUCAUCCCGAAUAAAGGCUGUAAAGGAAAAGGUGUUUCUUCGGCUGCUUUCCCUGUGAAGAUCUUGGCUUUGCCGCAGAUGGAGGAAGCCUGGAAAGAAUCCUUCAGGGUCGGGGCGUUGGUGCAGGUUACACCCCGGCGUCGGGCGCGGGAAGCACCGGCCUCGCCGACUCCUUUGCCAGACUCCCGGUCGUUACAAGCGGCGUCCCACGGCCAGAGCGAAGCCUCGGGAGGGGCAGGGGAGGAUUGGUGCUGCUUCAGCUUCACCCAGGAUUCAGAGGGCAGCCGGGACAUCACUCACAGAACUGAGCCUGAUUUUUUGGCUGGAGAAACCGUUUCAGCAAGUGGCAGCGUAAGGUCGGCCUGCGGGGUAAGCGAGCAAGAGGGGCCGCUGCGCCCGGAGACCCGGCUUCGCCUCCAGCCGGGACUCGGGGCAAACCAGCGUGAGAAACCACGGCGCUCGGGUCGCGUUAAUUCCUUAAUUGAUUUCUCUGAGACUGAGAAUAUAAAUCCUACACUAACGAGGGCCAGUCCCUGGGCUGCUGGGUUGUGUUCAUCUCCAGAACGAGCAGCCGGAGCGCAGCCGCCGAGCUCGGCCGAGGGAGGGGACGGCCAGGGGGGCGCCAGCAGCCCCUGCAGGCAGCUCUUCACCCAGGAUUCGGAGGGGAACAGGGUCAUCGCCCACCGCUGCUGCAACGCCCCAACUGCUCGCGGGGCCGGGGGCUGCUCGGGCCGGCGGCUGCUCAGCUCCCCCUGCACCGGCUGUGCCCGCGCUGCUGCGAGGAGCUGGAGCGAAGCGGGGCAGCAGCGCUUAGACAAGUGCUACGAGUCACUGUUCACGCAGGACUCGGAGGGGAACAGGGUGAUUAAACACUGAGCAGCGACCGUCAGUGGGGUCGCCUGCACGACCUCUUGUGAAGCCUCAGGAAAGCAUUUUUUUUUUUUUCAUUUUUUGGUAAGAAAGCAAGCAAUCGGAAUUAGGUAAGUGUACCCAUUGUUUCUGUACGUAUGGUCUCACCAGCAGCUGCAUUUGACCCAUGCAAUAGGCAGCACUGCUUUGUUCGCUGGAAUUUUGCUUUAAUAAAAAUAACAUUUUAAAGGAA